AUGUCCGAAAUCUCCGAUGACUACGUCAAUAUCUCUUCCGAGACCGACCUCCAUCUGAGCGUCUACAUGGAAAAGCUAGGCCGUCAUCGCCGCCUGGGUAGCUCGUCAAGUGACGACUCAUCCAGCGCCGGCCCGUCUGGACAACAGACCACCACCGCCGAAAAGGCCCCCACGCACACCUUUCCCCAGAGUCUGCCGGACUGGAGCAACCUCAAGGUCAUCCAUCGCGGCACGCUCCCGCCCCGCAGCUAUUUCUUCCUGUACAAUAAUGAAGAGGACGCCCUCACCAGGGACACCUCCAAGUCCAAGUCCAAGCUCCUUUCCGGAAAAUGGAAGUUCCAUCUGACCACAUCGCCAUUCCAUGAACCUCGGGACUUUUACAAGACCGACUUUGACACGUCCGAAUGGGACGACAUUGUCGUCCCUGGCAUGUGGCAGUGCCAGGGCUACGGCAAGGGUCCGCAAUACACCAACCUCAACUUCCCCUGGCCAGUGGACGCCCCCAACAUCCCCUACGAUGACAAUGAGUGCGGCCGACAUGUGACAACCUUCAAGGUCAGAGACGACUUUGCGGACCACCAGCUCAGACUUCGAUUCGAAGGUGUCGAUUCCGCCUUCACCGUUUGGGUUAACGGCAAGGAAGUCGGCUACUCUCAGGGUGCCCGCAAUCCCAGCGAAUUCGACGUGACGGACCAUGUCAAGAUCGGCGAAGACAACGUCCUCGCAGUCGAGGUCUACCAGAGAUGCGACGGCACCUACCUCGAGGACCAGGACCAGUGGUGGCUCAGCGGUAUCUUCAGAGACGUCUACCUCCAUGCCUUUCCCAAAUUUCACCCGGUGGACUACCACGUCCACACUCUGCUCGACGACGACUACAAGGACGCCACCCUCAAGGUCGACGUCGAGCUGGACCGCGGCGCCUACGUUGACAUGAAGCUCCUCGAUGCCGACGGCAAGCUCAUAGCCAAGGAUAUGAAGAUAUUUGACCGCCACAACAGCUUUGACAUCCGCGUCAAGAACCCGCACAAGUGGACCGCCGAGACGCCGUACCUGUACACGCUCGUCCUCAACUUCAAGAAGUGCAGUUUGGUCCAACGGGUCGGCUUCCGACGCACCGAGCUCAUCAAGGGCGUCUUCAGCAUCAACGGCGAGCCCGUCAAGUUCCGCGGCGUCAACCGCCACGAGCACAACCCUGACUCCGGACGUGCAGUACCGUAUGAGUUUCUCAAGCGCGACCUGCUGCUCAUGAAGCACUUCAACAUUAACGGCAUCCGCACGUCGCAUUACAUCAACGAUCCCCGACUGUACGACCUCGCUGAUGAGCUUGGUAUCUGGAUCCUCGACGAAGCGGACCUCGAGUGUCACGGCUUCGGCGUCCUGGGGAACCGUAGUGAGGACUGGGCCACCGACAACCCCGACUGGCGCGAGGCCUACGAAGACCGCGCGAGACAGAUGGUGCAGCGCGACAAGAACCACGCAUCCGUCGUCUUGUGGUCUCUGGGUAACGAGUCCUUCUAUGGAUCGAACCAUCAGCACAUGUACGACGUGAUCAAGAGCAUCGAUAAGUCCCGCCUGGUGCACUACGAGGGUGACGGCGGCGCUCGGACGGCGGAUAUCUAUAGCAGGAUGUACGCCUCAGCCGACGACAUUGUCAACUCGGCUUCCGAGAAGGACUGGAGUAAGCCGCUUGUCCUCUGCGAAUACAUCCACGCCAUGGGAAACGGACCCGGCGGUAUCAAGGAGUACGUUGAGGCCUUCUACAAGUACCCGCGCCUCAUGGGAGGGUUUGUGUGGGAAUGGGCCAACCAUGGCCUCCGCACCAAGAAUGAAGACGGGGAGGAGUACAUGGCCUACGGCGGCGACUUCGGCGACGAGCCCAACGACUACAACUUUGUCUUUGAUGGCCUCUGCUUCGCUGAGCACACUCCCACGCCCGGCUUGGUCGAGUAUGGCAAGGCCAUCGAGCCGGUGCAGACCCUUGACAUCAAGGACAACGAAGUCACCAUCAUUAACCGCUACGACUUUAUAUCCCUGGACCAUCUCACCGCCACGUGGCACAUCGUGGCCGAUGGCAUGGUCAUUGGCGGUGACCAGGAGGUUGAGAUCCCCCAGGGCAUCAAACCUCACACCAAAGCCCACCUCAAAAUCAAGGGCCUCCCAAAGAACCUGACCGCCGAAGCAUACCUGCACAUCGACUUCGCCCUCGCCAACGACACGAACUGGGCUAAGGCCGGCCACCGCGUCGCCUUCGGCCAGCUCCCGCUUUCCAAGGCCCCUUCCAUGACCGCCAUCCUCUCUUCCCUCUCUCAUCCCUUUGUCGACCCCGUCCCGCACAUAACCCAGACCUCCCCCUCCCUCCUCUCCAUCACCUCCUCCACGGGACUCUCGACCUGGGGCCUCGACCUCCAACUCGGCACCAUCAGCUCCUGGCGCAAGGCAUCCCACCCGCACCUCGAGCUGCUCACUGAGCCCUUCGUGAUGGACUUCUACCGCGCCCUGACCGACAACGACCGCGGCGGCCGCUUCGGCCAGAACUGGCAGGACCGCCGCCUCGACCAGACGCGCCACUCCGUCAAGCGCGUCGAGUGGCGCAAGGAGAAACACGGCCUCGUCGUCAACGUCCACUCGCGCAUCGCCCCGCCCGUCCUCGCUUGGGCCGUCGACACCUGGACCACGUUCACUUUCCACGGAGAGGCCGUCUACAUCAAGAUCAAAGGCAAGCCUAGCGGCCCUCUCCUACCCGACACGUUCGCCCGCAUCGGGCUGACGCUAAGCGUCAAGGGCGUUGAGAAGGUCGCCUGGUGGGGCCGCGGCCCGGGCGAGAGCUACAGGGACAAGAAGGAGAGCCAGGCCUUCGGGAACUGGGAGCAGACCGUCGACGACCUCUUUGUCGACUACGAGUUCCCCCAGGACGGCGGCAACAGGACCGACGUCCGCUGGGUCGAGUUCCGCGGCCAGCUUCCCGAUGAGGAGGGCGCCGUCGACAAGGACGAGCCCCUCGAGCGCCUCAUCCGCGCUCGCUUCGGCGACCUCGACGGCGCGUCGUUCUCGGCGAUGCACUACACGACCAAGGACCUGGACGAGUGCAAACACCCGUACGAGCUACACAAGCGCAAGAGGGAGGACACGGUCGUGAGGCUGGACUGGGCGCACCACGGUCUGGGUACCGGGUCGUGCGGGCCGGCGACGUUGCCGCAGUAUGAGUUGAAGGCCAGGGAGUUUGACUUUGAGCUGGUUUUGGACUAA